AACAUGUGCGGAGCGUCACUGCUGUGAAAAAAAGUCAACUGUCAUUCACGGGUAAAUAUGAAGCUGAAGUUGCUUCAAUUAGGUUUUCCUCUCAAACGUGAAUUUUAACGAAUUUUAAAAACGUAGUGAUAUAAUUUUGGUGGAUUCAGUUUCGUUAGUGGCAUUUAAUUUGAAUUUAAUUUAUUGACCUACGCAAAUCUGCCAUUUAGUUUUAACUAAGUCUGGUUUGCGUAAGUAACAUACAGCCAUUCAGUCAGACACUCACAUCCUUUGCAACAACUACUUCCUGCUCGAGAUGCAUUUAUUUCAUGUUUAUCCAAAGUUAAGUGAGGAAUAAUCUAAAAUGGAUUCAGGAACAGAUUGGCUCUGUGAGAUCUUGCAAAAUGUUCAACUUGAACAAUUUUAUUUACCAAUCAGAGAUCAGUUACAGAUAACAAGAUUAGCACAUUUUGACUAUGUUCAUGCUGAAGACCUUGAGAAAAUAGGCGUCAGUAAGCCUGGAGUCCGCAGGUUAUUUGAUGCUGUUAGGAAAAAAAAGUUGCAGCUAUGGAACCGGAAAUUUUGGAACAAACUUUUUGGUUCAUCCAGUUCAGUUUCCAAAGAGAAAUCUGACUCAGUAGUGAGACCUCCACAAGCUGAGUCAAGGACAACAUGUAUUAUAUUGGAAAAGGAUAUCAUAUUACACAAUGAAUUAGGCAACGGGUCAUUUGGUGUAGUCAAACGAGGAGAAUGGAAGGUGUCCGACCAUCCGUCACAAACAGUUCCUGUAGCAGUUAAGGUCUUGAAAGCCGAUGCGUUCUCCCAGCCUGGUAUAUACGACGAUUUUAGAAGAGAGGUUGAAGCCAUGCAUAGUUUAAAACAUCCAAACUUAAUCAAACUCCAUGGUGUUGUGUUCCAUCCGUUGAUGAUGGUGUGUGAACUGGCUGCGAUGGGAUCUCUUUUGGAUUACAUUGUGGCUCAGAAUGGAAAAGUAUCCCUUAACUACAUAUACAAAUGGUCGGAACAAGUCGCGUCAGGAAUGGCGCAUUUGGAAAAGCAUCGAUUCUUGCACAGAGAUCUUGCUUGCCGGAAUAUCCUGCUGUCGACUCUGGAGUUGGUAAAGAUCGGCGACUUCGGUCUCAUGCGAGCGUUACCGGACGCAGACGACUGUUACGUGAUGAGCGAGGGCAGGCGCGUGCCCUUCCCCUGGUGCGCGCCAGAGUCGCUGCGCAGCCGACAGUUUUCUCACGCCUCCGACGUCUGGAUGUUCGCCGUCGCGCUCUGGGAGAUGUACUCGUUCGGCGAGGAACCGUGGAUAGGUUUAAACGGGUCGGAGAUAUUGCGGUUGAUAAUGCGCGAAGGUCAGCGUCUGCCGGCGCCGGGCGCGUGUCCGCCCGACGUGUACAUGCUCAUGAUGCAGUGCUGGGACCUCAACCCCAAGGAGAGGCCCACCUUUGCCGGGAUACAGCGAUACAUCGAGACCAAUAAACUAGAAACUGCAAUUGCAGCGCUAAGCUACCGGCGACCGAACAAGAUGGGCAUAGACGCGGGCGACGCCAUCAUACUCGUGGAUCGUAGGCCGGAGUUACACUGGUGGAAGGGACAGAAUCAACGGACACUUGAAGUGGGACUAUUCCCCAGCACACUGGUUACAACAAGUAAAAGCAAAAACAAUCAGGCAGCUAAGAAGUCGCAGACAUUAUCGCCGGGACAAAAAGUACCUACAUCUCUUGCUUCAUUGUCAUCUAACGGCACAUCGGACGACCUAGCCGUUGUUCUUCGCAAGCGUCGUACGAUCGAGUCGACACAGCCGCCGACGACACGCGCUGGCAACACUGGCAGCAAACACUUCAACUAUAACAAGCUGACUAAUGAUAGAGUUGCCAGUCUUAACCAAGAGCGCGCUAGUAGGGGUACCAGGGAAGCUCAUUCGAAGAGUUUAAAUCAAGUAAAAGAGGACAUUUUGAUUGACCUCGACUUGCCGCCUUUGACGAGACAAAGCACUCCUUACAGGAAGCCGUCACAGAGCACCCAGAACGUCGUGUCCAUACUCGACGAGCCUAUCGAUGUACCCGAACUUGGCCUGGACGCAGAUUGGGGCGAUCAAAGCAUAGAAAGCUUACCUGGUAUUUCAGGAAGCGCUUACAACAUACAAAGUUAUACAAAUCUCUACGGUGCUAAGUCCCUAGACAACCUGUCAAGUUCGCUGCACAUGAGCGCUCCGGUCGUCACACAACCAGACCCCUUCGACACAUCUCAAUUCUGGCCUAGCAACCACGCCUCACCCAGACCUAACUACGACUUCACAAUUAACGAAGCUAAUAACGUAGGCCAUCCACAAGAAUCUCAAAGAUACUCCACUAAUAAUCGUGUACCGUCAAUCAGUACAGAUACACAUAUUUACAACAACACUCCGUCUACAAGUGGUGCUACACAUGCCAAUAACUCCCCGUAUGGUGCUCUACCGACCUCAUACGCUAUGAAUAACAGCAUCUCUCUAGAAAGGAACAACGUCCCCGGUGUGGCUACGUCACUGGCAAACAUGUCGCUGGACGACCGAAUAUCAGAAUCUCUAAACUUAAGAUCUAAAAGCAAUAACAGUGACUAUCCGUACGGCGAGCCUUCAUACAACGCGCCUUCGACUUCAGCUGCGAACAAUAUGGAAGACAACAAAUAUAGCGACAUUCCUCUUUACAAAAACUACGAAAUGCAUCCGGCGCAGCAGCAAUUUAUAUUAGAAACAAAAGACUACUACACAAAAUUGUCGACGCCGACGAAAACGAACACGAACAACGAUUACGAGAAGAACAUCUACAUACCGAAGUACGAGGAGGAGGGGGAGAAGCUGCGGAACUUCAGCGACUGCGUGGAGAACUCGAAGAACUACUCCGCUUACAAGUAUCAGAAUGUGGAUUACGGGAACUAUUCGAAUUACGCGGUGUACGGGAACGCUUCCACGUCUCGCGGGGAGGCGCUGUACGACGAGGUGAACGACACGGCGAGCGUAGCGAGCAACAUCUACAGCGAGGUAGGCGAGCCCGCGCCGCUGUACUCCAACUGCAACGUGUACGACCAGGUGUCGGCGGACCCGCCGCGCCCGCACCGCCCCGCCCCGCCCUGCCCCGCCACGCACAAGUAACUCCUGCACUCACAUCUGACGGCCUAUAGUACUUGUGGAAAAAGAUGCCCCUCUAUACUGUAUAGUGCGCUGUCACGCCUCCACUAUAAUGUUAUUUCAAGAGGUAAGUCCCAUAAGACAUUGUCGACGACCACUAGACGGCCCCAUCAGACCCAGUCGUGUACAAAGCACACAUGGGUCAAGCUUUAGCGUAGACAGAUAUUGGAAUUAUAGAGAUAUUAAGUUGUUACCAAGCUAUGAGAUAUUAUCUUCUUAUACACAGAAAUUGACUGAUGACGAGUUGACAUUUCAAAAGAUUUCUUUUUUGAUUUAACGAUGUUUGAGAUUGUUAAAAAAGUCCAAUGUUAGUCAAUUCAUAUAUUCGUGCAUAUCGCCAAGUUUCCCUUUUUUUGUGUAAAUAUUAGCUACAGUCUUCUGAAAUGUCAAUUUAUAUAAGACUGACAGCAUUUCAAAAUCAAUCCCUUUGCGAGAAUUUCGUUAAACGAUCUGUCUUACCUAAACUUUAUCUUUUAGUUUUAAGUUCAUUUUUUAUUAGCCCAGUUUCGAUUCCUGAUUAGUCAUAGUCGUUUACUUAGUAAGGUGAAGUGACGUAACCACUACUAAACAUUUGACGCGCAACGUUGCGCAACAUGCUACAACGUGUGAUGCGCAACUUGUUUGUUUGUUUGGAUCCGUGCAACAUUCUAUAAUAUAUUGCGAGUCAAAUGUCGCCUAGUGAAUACGCGGCUUUAUAAUUAGGCAUUCAAAUUUUAUUAUAAAAAUGUUAAAUAAGUUGAAUAGUUUAUAACUGGACUAACUGUAACUCGUUCAUGUAACUCGAAUGUUGAUAUUAUUGUACAUAAUAAUAUGUAUUUGUAUGUAAUCUCAAAGCUAUUUUUAAUACUGGAUUGUUAUUUUUAUAUCUACGGUCCUAAUUAUAAUGUGCACAAUAAUGUAUAAUUAUAAAAGACGCUAAAACAAAAUGAAUAUAAGAGCCGAACGCUGAAACGUCAUUCUGUGUCUGUUAUUUACAAGUGACAGGUAGAGACAGAAAGUCUUUGAACGGUCAUUUUCGUUUCGGUAUUCGGUGAUAUGGCAGCUGUAGCUUUUUUCAGUGUUUCGAUACUUUAAUAGACAAAUAAAAAUAUAUAGUAAAUAACAUUUGCAUGUUUAGUUUCCAACAUGUGAUAUUGACAGUGGUUAACAUAUUAACAUGAUACUCAGCAAGACAGCUAUAUUUUAAGUAUAUGUCACGUUUAGUCUAACUUUAAACGUAUGUUUUAAUAUUAUUGUAGUUUUAACAACAUGGCCGACGAUUACUGGGCGUGGCUUGCGGGUUGUGAAUGAUUUUGAACCUAUUUUAAUAUGAAUUAAAACUUCAUUUCGUUGACAUUGUCACAAAUAAGACUAGAAAGAAGUAAAGAUCUUGGAUAUGUUAUUGUUUUAGCUUACUACGGUAGACUGACUGACUAAAUUGUUAUGUAAGUCUUAUGUUUAUGAGAAUAAGCUUCAAAAUUGUUUGCAUCAGCAUCGCUGCCCGGUUAUCGGUCUUUAGUGCUAUUUAUUGAAUUGAGCGUAAGGCUCGAACAACAUCACACGGUGCCUCACCAUUAAGUACCUGCUAGAAUAGUAAUGACACAGCGUCACUAGCACUUUUAUUAAGUCAUUUUAUACCUAUUUAUUUGUCAUUUAUAGUCAUAAGCUUGCCUCGAUUGAGAUCUAAACGAUAUUCCUUGCUAACUUGCAUAAUCUGACAGAUAUUACGUAUAUUUUAUUAUAUAAGUUUCUUUUGCUUUAGCAGCUUCAUCAAAAACGACGAUAUAGUAAUGUUGUUUUAUUGACUAUUGUCAGCAUUGCUAUUUUACACUAAAAUAGGGAUUAAAUUAUAUUAACAAAUGCAGCUAAAUGUAAAUUAGUACCUAAUACACGAACUUAAAUGGUAAAACUGUUUGUUCAAGUUCAGUGUUAAGAGAUUAUAAGUAAUAUUCGAUAAAGAUUAAAAUGUAAAUGUGAAAGGCAUUCUAACCUAAGUGUUUUUAUUUUUUCUUGAAAAUGGCGUAAAUCUUUUCCUGUAUAUUUUUGAAACAACUUAUAUAUUUUACCUACUUGUGUUAAGACAGACAUAUAACUGGAUUUUGAAAGCCUAGUCGUCUGUCAUUGGUUGGAAUUCAAAUUUAAACCGACCAAUGAUAGCACUUGAAUGCUUUUUUCUGUCGAUCGGACUUUCAAACGCCAGGUAUAAGAUUCUAUUGUUGUAAUCUUGGAUUAUCUGGAAAACUGCUACCCGUGUGUAAUUAUUUCAUUUAUUCUUGUGUGGAGUAUAACUGUGUAAAUGUACAGUCGUUGUGUAAAUAAGCUUCAGAGUCAUCUGUUGUCGAUGAUACUAAAUAAAUAUCUUGUUGGCAUCCAAAA